AAUUUGAUCCAGGCAAUAGAAGCCACUUAGGGAACAAGAAUAUAAAAGAAGGAAAAAGAAGACGACAGAGCAAGAAGCCUAGAAAUAUGGGUCACCAUUCUUGCUGCAACCAACAGAAGGUUAAAAGAGGACUUUGGUCUCCCGAGGAAGAUGAAAAACUCAUCAGAUACAUCACAACUCAUGGAUACGGCUGCUGGAGUGAAGUUCCAGAAAAAGCUGGGCUUCAAAGGUGUGGCAAGAGUUGUCGCUUGAGAUGGAUUAAUUAUUUGAGACCUGAUAUUAGGAGAGGCAGGUUUACACCAGAGGAGGAAAAGUUAAUUAUAAGCCUUCACGGGGUCGUAGGCAACAGAUGGGCACACAUUGCAAGCCACUUGCCAGGUCGAACGGACAAUGAAAUAAAGAACUAUUGGAACUCAUGGAUAAAAAAGAAAAUAAGAAAGACUUCAGUGUCUUCAACCACUAUUGCACAAAGUAUCGAUCACAAUCCUUCCCAGUUCAGCUACAGUUCCAAUCUACUUGGCCACUUUUCUUCCAACCUAGAUAAUCCACAGACAAAACCACCACUUCAAGAAACCUUGUUUUCCUCAACAUGCCCUCUGUUCAUGUUCGAGACACCUUCACUGGAAGGCCCAGCGACAGACUGCAACAGUGUGCGAGCUGAAAAUUUUCAAGAUGCGGUGGGGUUGAGCACUGAAACAUGGUUGAGCCACCAUCAGGUUCAGGCGCUUCCUCCUCUAACAGUGACUGUGGGCUUGGACACCACAAAUUAUUUGCCACCAUUGAUAGAGAACGUGGACAACAUGGUCCCGAUUGAGGUACAACCUUGUACCAUGGAGGAGCAAGGAGAUAUAGCACUGGAGUGCCUGCAGAGGCAAGGUUUAAAUGAAUGGGUGGAAACGCAGCAGCAAUGUCCUAACUUUCUCUUCUGGGACAGCGUUGAAGGACAUAUUGGUGGGGAAGAACUAGGACCAAAUUCGGCAAAUGUGGAAGCAAACACACUUUCUCCUUUUCCUUCUUCUUUGGCCAAAUAUGUGUUUAUAGGUCGUGCUCUAAUGAGCCAGUCCGGCCCAUUAAUAGGCCCAUUUAAUACGAAAAAUCGAUCAAGUGAGAAUUUAGGGUUUAUACGCCACAAGGCAGCAAAGAUAACAGUGUGGACGCCGAGCUCUGUUUCCCAGCAUCCAUUUCUUCUUCAUUCACCUUCUCACACAAUGAUUAUCCCGGAGAAGAACCGUAAGGAGAUCUGCAAGUACCUCUUCCAAGAGGGAGUUUGCUUUGCGAAGAAGGACUUCAAUUUGGCGAAGCACCCUGAGAUUGAUGUGCCUAAUCUGCAGGUGAUUAAGCUGAUGCAGAGUUUCAAAUCUCGCGAAUACGUGAGGGAGACCUUUGCUUGGAUGCAUUACUACUGGUUCCUCACUAAUGAUGGCAUAGAGUUUCUCAGAACUUAUCUUAACCUUCCUUCCGAAAUUGUCCCUGCCACUUUGAAGAAACAGGCCAAGCCACCUGGCAGGCCCUUUGGCGGCCCAUCCGGUGAUCGCCCUAGGGGCCCACCACGCUUUGAGGGUGAGCGUAGAUUUGGUGGUGAUCGUGAUGGAUACCGUGGAGGUCCCCGAGGCGGUGGGGACUUUGGAGGAGACAAGGGAGGAGCUCCUGCUGAUUACAGACCCUCUUUUGGGGGUUCUGGCGGAAGGCCUGGCUUUGGUCGUGGAUCUGGUGGUUUUGGAGCGCCAACCAGUUCUAAUCUUCCUUAAGGAUAAUGUUGUGUUUUAUUUUUUGUUUAAUUUUCUAGAGAAUGUGCCUGUAGUUGGAGUUAAUGAUAGAUUACCCUCUCCUAUUGAUUGUUUUAUCAGCUUAAGAGUUUAUAUUCAGUUUAUCGUUCAAUGAAGAUUUUGAAUUGAGUUUCUACUAAUGGAGUGUUACAUCCCUCGUUUCUGUUCA